CUCGUAAAUAGAGUAUUUAGAGGAAAAUGGAAAUCGAAUCUUUACCUGGAGGAGGUCUUCUAAUAGGUUAGAUUAUCUAGCCAAAUACGUAAACUCUAACGAACUUAUUAGCUUGGAGGGAAAAGGGAGCAUUUCUUCCAUCAUAGUUAUUUUCAGUUACUAGGCUUAUUUUCCAAAAAAGAAAAAAAUCCUAACCAUAAAACUUCUGCUACCAAUUAUAGUUGCAGUCCAGAAUCUCGAACUUGAGUAGACUACACAGAAGUUCUCACCAACUCAUUAUAAGGUUCUAUUGCAGGUAAAAGACAGUUGCAGCAGGAAGCUUUGCAGUUGAUUUCAGGCUGAGAAUGGAACUUAAUCAUAAAGCUAACCAUAUCCAAACAAGACUCAGGCUGCUCCAACUCCUUGGACUUGCCGAAGAACAGCAGGUCGGGGAUGUAGAGGUCGAAUCGCCGCGACAGCGAGAGUCCCCGCACUUGCCGUGGAUCAUGACCAGGUUAGGCCUCUCAUCAUCAGGUUUCCGGUCACGGCCACCACUUCUGCCACGACUAGCCCAGAAAUGGAGGGUUGUCUCGUCGUCUACGUGGAUCGAGACAGGGGAGAGGCCGAGGAGGCGAAAGUAAAGCGAAAUGCAGGCGUCGGAGACGGUGAAUGCAGAUGGGAUUUACUUGAAACGGCUGAAGCUUGUCAGGAAGUAGCGGAUUAUGGAUAGGAUUGAUGAGAUGUAGAAUGUGAAAGAGCGGAGGAGAAGGUCGAGCUUUGAAUCCAUUGGUUUUCAGGUAAGAGGAAGAAGCUAAGAUAGUUUUGAUUUUUGUUUCUGUUAUUGUGUCUGGAUUUUGGAUGUGUGCAUUCUGGUUUUGUGGGUAUGAUAUAUGUGUUUGUGUGUAUGGGCAGUGUACAGAAAAAAGAACAAAUGAAGUGAAACUUGAUACAAGUCUCGGCUUCUUCUUUUUUUUGUUUGGAGUUCAAUUGAUCAAGAC